ACAAUGGGCUCGUUGUCAAAGUCAGAGUAAACCUGUGUAAGAGGAUCGAGUAUAAAAACCCCUAAACUCAGGGCUCUGCUGACAAACCAACGAGAACCAGCCGAGUCACAGACGCGCCUGUCCCAGCAGAGAUCAUGGUUAGCCGUUUUGAGCACCCUGCUGGAGGCUAUAAGAAGAUCUUUGAGACCGUGGAGGAGCUGAACGAACCUCUUCCAGCAACCGUCACCGGCCGCAUCCCCUCGUUCAUUAAAGGCAGUCUGCUCCGUCUGGGUCCCGGUUUGUUUGAGGUGGGAGCGGAGCCCUUCUUUCAUCUUUUCGAUGGCCAGGCGCUCAUGCACAAGUUUGAUUUCAGCAGUGGACAGGUCACGUAUUUCCGCAAGUUUGUCAAAACAGAUGCUUACGUUCGUGCGAUGACUGAGAAGCGAGUGGUGAUUACUGAGUUUGGGACCUGUGCUUAUCCAGAUCCCUGCAAGAACAUCUUCUCCAGGUUCUUCACGUAUUUCAAAGGCGUUGAGGUGACAGACAACUGCCUGGUAAACGUUUACCCCAUCGGAGAGGAUUUCUAUGCUGUCACAGAGACUAAUUAUAUCACUAAAGUCAACGUGGACACCUUGGAAACCUUGAAGAAGGUUGACAUGUGUGACUAUGUGAAUAUAAACGGAGUAACGGCUCAUCCACACAUCGAGAAAGAUGGCACGGUCUACAACAUCGGAAACUGCAUGGGGAAGGGAGCCUCGCUGGCCUACAACAUCGUCCGAAUCCCUCCUAAACAGAAAGACAAAUCAGACCCCAUUGAGAAAUCCAAGGUGGUUGUGCAGUUCCCAAGUGCGGAAAGGUUCAAGCCGUCCUAUGUGCACAGUUUUGGGAUGACAGAGAACUACUUUGUCUUUGUGGAGACGCCUGUUAAAAUCAACCUGCUGAAGUUCCUGAGCGCCUGGAGUAUCCGAGGAUCCAACUACAUGGACUGCUUCGAAUCUGACGAGGAGAAAGGCACCUGGAUACACAUUGCGAGGAAGCAUCCAGGAGAGUACAUUGACUAUAAGUUCAGGACCUCCGCGAUGGGUCUUUUCCAUCACAUCAACUGCUACGAGGACACAGGCUUCAUCGUUGUGGACCUGUGCGCCUGGAAAGGCUUUGAAUUUGUCUACAACUACCUGUGGCUGGCUAACCUCCGAGCAAACUGGGACGAGGUGAAGAGGAACGCCAUGAUCGCCCCGCAGCCGGAAGUCAGGAGAUACGUGCUUCCUCUGGAUCCCUACAGGGAGGAGCAGGGCAAGAAUCUGGUGUCUCUGCCGUACACCACUGCCACGGCCACAAUGAGAGCUGAUGGGACCAUUUGGCUGGAGCCUGAGGUGCUCUUCUCUGGUCCACGACAAGCUUUCGAGUUUCCUCAGAUCAACUACAAAAUGAACAAUGGAAAGAAUUACACGUACGCGUAUGCGCUGGGCCUCAACCACUUUAUCCCUGACAGGAUUUGCAAGCUGAAUGUGAGGACUAAGGAGACCUGGGUUUGGCAGGAGCCGGACUCGUACCCUUCAGAGCCGCUGUUUGUGCAGAACCCCGAUGGAGUGGAUGAGGAUGACGGUGUGUUAAUGACCAUUGUGGUGUCGCCUGGAGCCCAGAGACCUACAUUUUGUCUGAUCUUGAAUGCCAAGGACCUGUCGGAGAUCGCAAGAGCAGAAGUUGACAUCAUGUCUCCAGUCACCUUCCAUGGGAUGUAUAAACCAUAGAAUAAAGUUACUGUGUAUUGUACACCAUGAGACUGUAAACUAAUCAGAAUAAAACUAUGGUGUUGCACAUU